UUAAUCCGUAUUAUUAAUAGCUUUGCUCUUUAAUGAAUUUCGUUUUGUAUGCAAAUACUGAUAUAUCUCCACCCUUGUGGCAAAAUGGUAUUGGCCAAUGACAAAGUGACGUAAAAGUUUGGCCACUCGCUUAGCAAAUGUAGAGCGCGGACACUGCACUGACGCAACACCUGUUAAUAUGAAAUACGACGUUAGUGCUGAAAACAAUAAAGGUGCCAUUUGUGAUUAUUGCUUAUCAUCAAAUAAAUUAUCCAGAUUCUCACGAAACAUUUACACAAAUUUUACACAUAACUGCAAACAUAGUCCGCUUAUGUUUACGCUAUUACCUUACUGCUUCUGGAGUUGGUGCGAUUUGACUUAUGGUGGCGCUAUUCAACAUAAACGGGUGGAAGUUUUAUAUUGAUUCAAUAAACAGCCAACUUUGCCUACCUACAUGUACAUGUAAAUGUACAUGUACAUGGCAGUUUAUUCAUCGUGCAGUGGCUGAAUUUAGUCCUGAAAUACGAAUUUUUAUAGAAAUAUAAAACAUUUUGGUAUUAAUUUUGCAGACACGACUCGGUAAUAUGGAAUUUCCGUGUCUCGAUCUUUCACACAAAGUGCAGAUUAAAUAUUGUACCUUAUUUUCAGGUGAAAAAUUCAAUACAGGAAAUAGUCGUUAUAUUUUGGGGUUGAUAAUGAUUGAACAAUGCACAAGUCCGCGAAUAUUUUAGCGAUUUUAUUCCACUGUGUUCGUCGGUCACUGCUGCAUACGUUGAUUUGAUUGGUCCUUUGAGUUGAGUGGUGGUUCCAAAUUGAGACGAACAGCUCCGCCCACCUGUUGCAUGUAGUUCAUCUCCUCAGGGUAUUUCCGUGGCACGGAGCGCUGAGCAAUGUUUAUCUCCGCUUGUUCGAGACAAGCUAAUGUGCUGAAUGUGCAUGUAUGUAAACGUGUGUAUAAUAAAAGCAUAUCAGAAACUUAAGUCCUGAAUCUUGUUUAUGUACCUGGAGGAGAGGAGAACGACUUAACUUCCGUCAGAAGUACCUCGGUUAAUCUCGCAAGCAACCUAUCAUUUUCACCAUGGAAAGUUGCCGAAUUACAACGCUUAACGAGCCUGAAGGCUUUUCCCCAUUCAGGGAUUAUCUUGGCCUUGCCAAACUUGUGGUGUCUCAUGCUCAAACCCGCGAGUGUGAGAUGGUCCGCGGCGACGAAAUCAACGAUGACUUCCACUGCAAUGGAGUCGACUGUGGACCAUGCGGACUGAUGCCGUUCACCGUCCCCCUAGUGGAGGGGAGCCCGUGGGGUGACAGCAGUGGCAACCUGCCGUCGAGGACCAACCGAAGCCGACCGUGCCGGCGACAGAUCACUUGGUGCGUGUUCUGCCGCAAUAAUGGGGAGGCCGAGUGCGUCUACGCCUCCCACCUGUUGAAGGACAGCCAAGGCAAGACGACAUGCCCAAUCCUGCGGGCCUACGCUUGCCCCAUCUGUGGGGCGAAAGGUGACAAUUCCCACACCAUAAAAUACUGUCCUGUCAGGCACGCAGAGGAGAUUCCACCACCAGCUCCGCUGAAAACGUCCCGCACAUCAACGGGGAUCAGGAAGACCGGUGCGUGCAGCUCCGUCAACGGGUACAAGCCGACUGCCCACCAGCCGACUGCCGUGGGUGAACGGGUUGCUUGGGACGUCAGGUUCAUUUGAUACACAGGACUGAUAGUUGACUGACUUUCACAUAACAUACGUUGUAAUUGCAUGCUAUGCUUUGCCAGUUCAACGUGUGAGUUUGGUCAAGAAGAAGCAGCAGUUUCUCUUCAGUUCCAAAGCCAGUUGACCCAAGGUUGACCAGUGAGUGCCUUACGCAUAAUUAUUACUUUAUGACCAUAAUGACGCUAUAUGUAACUCUGCAAGUUGGCCCUGCUUGUACAUAUACUUGUUGUUUUGACAUGUUUUCUCACUGACAUCUUCAAACAACAUUUCCAUUGAAAUCGGCAAUGUACUGUGGUUUUAUUGGGGGUAGAUGUUCUCACCCAUUAAGUAUUCAAAGUCAGUAAUAAUUACUUUUGUAAUAUGAUUUCCCAAAUAAUAGAAUCGAUAGAAUCGGAUGAGUGUCAUUUAUUUGAAGGAAUGUGACAUGACACCUUGCUUGCUGUAUCAUGUACUUGAACAUGGGCUACCUGUAAUUUUAGAAUUAAAUUAAGCCUCCUACUACUAGUACUAGUAAUAAUCAGUAGUAUGGCGCAAACCACUCUGCGGUCUCUCGUUUUGUGAAAUUAUAAACCAGUAGGAUAAUUUCCAUUGUGGAAAUUUCCAUUCCAUGAUCUGUAGGCUACUGAGAAAUAUUUUGCCAGUCACUUUUCACAUAUAAUGGGUUUACUAAAUGCUGAGAACGUUUAUUUUUCUCACUCUUUGCCACCAGCAGACUAAAUGUUUUGUCUCUACAAAUGUGUGACCUGGUUUUAUACUCUAAAUUAUGCACGUUUUAUAUUAGUUGGUGAGAAAUGGUAUCCUAAAAAUAGAACUGAGAAAGAAAACAGGUCAAUAAGAUACACAUUGUAUUUUUCAUUUCCGGUAUUGCUAACCGAGUGCAUGUUUCCUUCAGGGGGAAAGUAAAUACUUUGUAGCACAUUGAUAAUAAGCUUAGAGCACAUGAGAUUAGCACGAGUUGAUUGUUUCGUUUAAUUUUUGCAGUAUUUGUCUUGAGCUUGCCCAGUCAGAAAAUGGUAACUGAAACUCAUUAAAGGAAAAGUGGUUAUUGAAUUCUAAUUACAAAGUGUUGCAAACAGGACUGUAUCUCUUAAUCUGAUCAUGCGAGAAAAUUCCUUGACUGAAAUGCCUUAUCUGAGGACGAAUUUAUUCUCUUUUCAGCAGAACGCUGUUAUACAUUUUGAUGGGCCAUACAGUUCUUGUAUUCAGUCAGUUGUAUUCAAGUGAUUUCUUAGGAAAGUACUAUUUACAAUCAGCAUGAUGAAGUACUAGGGAGCUAAAGAAGUGAUGUGAAAGUUAGUAUUCCUUAGUGUAUUUUUGAAACCUCUCACCAUUAUGUUGUACACGACUUGACAACUAUUGUUUGUAUGGUAUGGUGUGCUUUUGAAUGAUAUUUACUGAAACACUAUUUUAAAAUCAACAAGGAAUUGAUUGUAACUAAUCUUACUGUCUACAAAUUGAUUUUAGUUGUAAAUGAAGUGCCUGAUGUGUUGAAAGAAAAGUCAGUGUCGGAUGAAACAACAGAGCAUUAUGAAUCUAAUCAUAAUAUUUAGAUUAUGUACUUUGUAAAAUCGUUUUUAUUUGAGAUGUUACACUAGUAAAAACUUUGCUAAGUAGUGAAAUGAUUUCAAAUGAUGACUUGUGUAUGAAUAUAGUACGCUUUGAAUUUUUUAAGCAUUUCAAGUUUGUUGCAUGGUUAUUUACAUUUACAUUACAUGUGACUUAUUGAAGUUUGACUCAAAAGUGCCGGCAACCAUCUUAUUGUCAAUCUAAGUUAUGAAUAUGUCAGUUUUAUUCGAGAUCUAAAUCUAAAGGGCUACGAUAGGUUUUUAUACGUUUUCAAACAGUAUUCAUGUAGAAUUUGUGUAUCACUGACAAACGAAUGUUGUAAUUUAUAUAAAUAAAUA